CCAAAUAAGUGUCGUCACAUUUCCAGUGAAAAGAAGACUGUAGACCGUAAGCAGACCUCAAUUUACUUCUCCACAGGAUGCGUCGUGGUUGAGUUUGAUUGUUGUUUUCGAGGGAAAUAAGUGGAAUAAAUCGUUUCAGGAUGGAGCUAAAGAGGGGUGUUGACGAUAUGAAAUCUUUCGCCUUGUUCAUUUUAGUAAACAUUGCGAUGGUAACAGCUCUCUCUGGACCUAAGGAUGAAGUGGAUCAAAAUCUUGAAUGUACCAACGACCUGGAUGAAUUGAUGGUUUGCGAAUUUGAAGCUCAAAACUGCCCCGAAUAUAAUUUGACUCUGCGGAGUGACAGCGGACAUGGGGAGAAGCAUUGUAAUUUCCAGCAGUGCAAGGGAAGCUCUUGUUGUUGCUCUUUCCAAAUGAUACUUGUUCAUAAUGAGACUCAUACUGCAACAGUUUUUAAAGGAGGUGAAAUGAUGGGGUCCAAAGUCAUCAGCAUCAGGGACAGUGUAAAGCCCAGAGUCCCAACAAAUGUCUCAGUGAAAGAAUCAAACGGGAAUUUUCAGGUUAUGUGGGAUACAACAUACAACCUGCAGAGGUACUUCGGCUCUGAGUUAACUGCCAAUGUUACUUAUCACAAAAAAGGAGACACAGAAACGGCCAGAUCUAAACAUGUCACACCAACUAAAAUUAAUGGACAACAUAGCUAUGAAAUAUUUGGUGGAGACCUGGAGCCAAGUACCACAUAUAUGGUCAGUGUGAAGAGCUACACAGAGUGGAGUCGCCGCUACAGUGACAGUAGUGAAGAGGUGGAGUUCACAACCUCUGCGUCCACUGAUGCCACACUCUUGGCUACCAUCAUCAGCCUCAGUCUUGUUGCAAUCAUCGUGAGUGGUGCUAUAUAUGGCUGUUAUGUAAAGUUCAAAACAAAGUGGUGGGACACAGCGGCCAAAUGUCCAAAACCAAAACUUCUUGAUAUGCGCCCACGAGAGCAAGAGAUCUUCGAGCCUGUGCUACCUGUCAUUUCUUCUGUUUGUCUUGAGCCCCUUGUUCCCGACGACAACCAACCAGGGUUGAUGUCACUGAGAGACAUCAGCAGUGGGAGUCCUCAGCAAUGCAGUGGAAUCAGCACAGGCUCAUCUUGUUUUGGUGAAAGAGAACCGGUUGACAUUAUAGCUGGUGUACAGGAUGCCCUUGGUAAAGCCUUCGCCAAUAUAAGCACAAUAUCACCUUUGACCACAAACGCACAUACAGAAUCAAGCGAAGACAGUGGUCUAUUCUCCGCUCCCAACAACCUUUGUGGCACAAGACCUGAUCACAUGAGACCAUUUGACUUUGACAACAAGACUUAUUCCACCUCUCUUUCCAGCUUCCCACAUCAUAUCACAACAGACAACUCCGAGGGUCAGACACAGGCAGGAAUGCUUUGUGACUCUGCAUAUCAACCUAAUGAGGGUGCCUGUUCUGAAGAACAGGUACAAGCUUGCAUACCAGUGGUUUCAUCGUUUAUCAAAACAGACAUGUCCUAUCAGCAGUGCGAUGAGAGUGUUGAGGAGGCUGGUUGUGAGAGUUCUGGUGAGAUGCCACAUAGUUGGGGUGUUGACGAUAUGAAAUCUUUCGCCUUGUUCAUUUUAGUAAACAUUGCGAUGGUAACAGCUCUCUCUGGACCUAAGGAUGAAGUGGAUCAAAAUCUUGAAUGUACCAACGACCUGGAUGAAUUGAUGUUUUGCGAAUUUGAAGCUCAAAACUGCCCCGAAUAUAAUUUGACUCUGCGGAGUGACAGCGGACAUGGGGAGCAGCAUUGUAAUUUCCAGCAGUGCAAGGGAAGCUCUUGUUGUUGCUCUUUCCAAAUGAUACUUGUUUUUCGUGAGACUCAUACUGCAACAGUUUUUAAAGGAGGUGAAAGGAUGGGGUCCAAAGUCAUCAGCAUCGGGGACAGUGUAAAGCCCAGAGUCCCAACAAAUGUCUCAGUGAAAGAAUCAAACGGGAAUUUUCAGGUUAUGUGGGAUACAACAUACAACAUGCAGAGGUACUUCGGCUCUGAGUUAACUGCCAAUGUUACUUAUCACAAAAAAGGAGACACAGAAACGGUAUCUAAACAUGUCACACCAACUAAAAUUAAUGGACGACAUAGCUAUGAAAUAUUUGGUGGAGACCUGGAGCCAAGUACCACAUAUAUGGUCAGUGUGAAGAGCUACACAGAGUGGAGUCACCGCUACAGUGACAGUAGUGAAGAGGUGGAGUUCACAACCCCUGCGUCCACUGAUGCCACACUCUUGGCUAUCAUCAUCAGCCUCAGUCUUGUUGCAAUCAUCGUGAGUGGUGCUAUAUAUGGCUGUUAUGUAAAGUUCAAAACAAAGUGGUGGGACACAGUGUCCAAAUGUCCAAAUCCAAAACUUCUUGAUAUGCGCCCACGAGAGCAAGAGCUCUUAAAGCCUGUACUACCUGUCAUCUCUCCUGUCUACGUUGUGCCCCUUGAUCCCCUUGAUCCUGACCAAAUAUGGUUGAAGGGGACACUGAGAGACACCGGCUAUGGGAGCCCUCAGCAAAGCAGUGGAAUUAGCACUGGCUCAUCUUGUCUCAGUUAUGCUAACGCAGAACCUGUUGACAUUAUAGCUGGUGUUCAGGAAGCCCUUGGUAAAGCCUUCGCCAGUAUAAGGCCAAUAUCACCUUUGACCAUCAACCCACUUUCAGAAUUAAACAAAGACAGUGGUCUAUUCUCCGGUACCAACAACCUUUGUGGCAUCAGAUCUGAUGACGUGAAUUCUGGAUCUUCGGGCAUUGACAACAAAUCUUAUUCCCUCCUCAUUCCUAACUUCCCAGAUCAGAUAACAAUGGACAGUUCUGAGCUUCAGACACAGUCUAAAAUGCUUUGUGACUCUGCAUAUCAUCCUAGUGAGGGUAAGGAAGGUGAGGAAAUUGUGGUCUGUCCUGGCCAACAGGUACCAGCUUGUCCACUUCCUAAUUUUCCAGCAGUGGCUUCAUCUCUUAUGGCAACAGACAUGUCUUAUCAGCGGUGCAAUGCAGAUUCUGGCGGAUUUUCAUAUGAGGAAGACUCCAGUUUGUCCUCCAUCUCUAGUGGCACCAACACAAUUGCAUCAUGUGAUCUGGUGUGCAUAGCUGAAGCUUGGUGUGACAGCUCCAAUGAGGUGGCUGGUGGUGCCACAAAGCUGAGUGAAAUAACCGAAGAGGCCACCAUAUGUGAUGAAAACCCCUGUUACGGCCGUGUGCCUACAGCCUCACACAGCUUUCCUCAAGUGGAUGAUGACUACCAGUCAUUUCAAAAUCUAGUGGAGCAGCCUGAUAUGUUGUUGUUGAAGAGUCAUGGUGAGGAAGAUGAACUUUUGGACAAAUAUCCAGAGGAAUCAUUCACCAAGAUGCCUCAAAGUUUCUUCAGCCCAGUUGUUCCAGGUUUUAUUAACAAUAUCCAGGGUGGCCAGUGUCUCUCUGAGCUCCAAAGACCUUUUGUCUGUUUGAUCCCUGCUGACCAGUCUUUGCCAGUUAUCACAGACAGCGCCUAUCAAAGUGUGUAGUGUUUAAUUGUAUGUUGCAUUCUUUCUGUAUUUGUGCUAUUUUCACUUCUUUAAAUUGUUGAACAAUGUAGAAGGAGGAGAGGAUGAGGAUGAGAAUGAUAAAACAGAUCGUGAAUAGUAUGGAAUCUUUAUGACUUGUAUUUGAAUUAAACUUGGAAACAGCUUCACUUCAAGGUCCAUUUAGCAGCUGUUCCUGAUCUUUCAACUCUAGCGCAUGGUCCUUUAUCAGCCUGUUGUCAUGGAAAUGUAUAAUUCAUAGAAUCAUGGAAGAAGAAUCACAUGUAGAUCAUGUGGUAUCACCGAAAACUUAACUGUAAUAAGUUUUAAAACCUUUUGUAAAUAUUUAUUUAUAACUGUUAUUCAGUCACAUUUUUGCAUAUUAAGAAUAGCUGACCUGUUUCACCUAGAUGUUUUGCAACUGUAUACAACAGCAUUGGAUGUAAAAAAAAAAAAAAAAAGUCAUACAGUGUGUGUAUAAUAAUAUUUAUGUAAAUCGUCAUAUAUUCAUGUAUGUUUGCGACAAAAGCUGGAACAAAACA